CUCUAGUCUAGACGUCUGCACGCGCACAGUACGAUACGUUUUCCUCGUGCUAAAUAAAAACAAACCCACGUGUUGAGUGUUAAAGGGAGGAAGCCCACGAAGAAGAAGUGCAACGAUGGCCACUGAAAACGAAGAUUUAGUAGUCGAAUUAGGUUUCAUAGAGAAAGCUCCGACAUGGAAACUGCAGUCCAAAUUCUUCCCAAGCAAGGUUGGAGGGCGCCCAUCCUGGCUUGCCCUUAAGGGUCUCCCGAGCCCUGAGGAGCUCUCCUGCCACCACUGUAAGAAGCCACUCAUCUUCCUCUGCCAAGUUUAUGCUCCAUUCCAUGACAAAGAAAACUGUUUUCACAGAACGAUGUUUGUGUUCGUGUGCCGUGACCCUGACUGUUGCCGGGACAAUGAUGCCUCCAACAUUCGUGUAUUUCGCUCACAGUUGCCAAGGGAAAAUGAAUUCUACCCCCAUGAACCUUCCAAGGAGGUGGAAACUGGAGCAGAGAGUCCUGGCGCAGGGAAUUUCAACUAUCUAUGCCGUGUCUGUGGUGCCCUUGGACCAAAGACGUGUGGAGGCUGCAAGGCUGCUCGCUAUUGUUCAAAGGAACACCAGGCCCUUGAUUGGAAGGGGGGACAUAAAACAGAGUGUAAAAUCCCAGAUGGUGUGAGUAAAACCUGUUCUGAGUUAACUGCCAAGGUCCUAUUCCCUGAAUAUGAAAUAGAGUUGGAGCCAGAAGAGCUGGAGGCUGGGAGAGAAAAGAGUGAGGUUGAGGUGAUGAAGGAGUAUGAGGAGCUGCUGAGAUCUGGCCAAGUCACUCACCAAAAUGAUGAUGACUCUGACACAGAAAAUGACCUGAUUAAUAUGGCUGCUAAAGAAACAGAUCAGCAGUUCCAGAAGUUCAGGACAAGAAUUAAGAAUUAUCCAGACCAGGUUUUACGAUAUGACCGUGGCAACGAGCCCCUCUGGGUAUCCUCCAACAACAAGGUGACACAGGUGCCAGACUGUCCAGGCUGUGGAGCGCCUCGGCAAUUUGAGUUCCAGGUGAUGCCACAGCUGCUAGUGCAUCUGAAGGUGGACAGUGCAGGUCAGAGCAUUGACUGGGGCACAGUGCUGGUGUACUCCUGCACCCAGAGCUGCCAGCAAGGCAGUCCCUAUACAGAGGAGCUGGCCUUCAAGCAAGACUAUGCACCCAUAGAGCAGGUGAUGAAGAACCAGUCAUAAGUUGUACUCAUUUUGUUUGUAUAAUCUGUAAUAAAGUGAUGCUCCCCAAAUUAAUGUACAUUAUUUAUUUAAUGCUAUUUAAGUUGGUAUUGUCAGGAAUAAUAAAAAUGAGAUAUAGUAACAUAACUGUCCAGCAUCUUUAUCAUGUAUAUUUAGGCUACAAUAAUUUACAACCAGUAUAUGCUAAAAUAAUGAAAAGCAAUGUGAUUUUUAUGAGGUGAUAUGGAAUGUUUAGCAAAGAAGUGAAAAAUGGGUGCGCACCAAUAUACUUUACCAUCACAUAAUAGUCUUUGGUUAAGUAAUUAUAUAAUUACUUAUACAUCUCAAGUACUUCAAAAAUUUAAUAAAUAGCAUUUUUCCAACACAAGCCUGCAACACAUGGGCUAAGGCAGAAAGUUCUUGAUGCACUCUGCUCGGCUUGGGCAAGUGUAAAAAUAAUAUAUACAUCUUUGAAAAAUGUGAAGAUACAAUGAUGUGUGUACUCACUUGGCAUAUACUAUCAUAUGUAUAUAUGUACAUUUUUAUAAAUAUUUGUCAAUGGACCGUAUUGGCUAUACAGGCAGCGCCACACGUGGCCAGUCGGUGAACUGUCAAAGCAGUACUUUCCAUAGAAUUCAAGUUCUGUACUAGAGUGCGUCUAAGGCUGCCUCCAGGAUACAGGGCCUUGGUACCGCCACCGCUCCAAGCCAACGACUGCAAACACUUUACUCCUACCCGAUUUCCCGACUCUACUAUCUGACAUGGAGAAAAACUGAAAUCGGGUAGGAGUGAGGUGUGUGCAAUCAUCGGCUUGGAGCAAUGGCCGCACCAUGGCCGUGUAUCACGGAGACAGCCUCAGACGCACUCUAGUCUAUAACUUGAACUCUAUGGAAAGGACAGCUUAGAGUUGAGUGGCCACAUGUGGCGCUGCCUGUAUAGCCAAUAUGAUCCAUUGGAAAUCAGUUUUAAAAACUACAAAUCACAAAAGUGAACUGAAUGUUGAAUAUACUGUUUUGCUGGUGUUGCACUUUUGUCCAUAUCCUAAUAUGGCCUCUAACUGGCAGGUUAAAUUAAGUUAAAUGUUCCCAUGUAAAUAAUUAAAGUAACUAAUUUUAUACAAGAAUUAUAGAUAAAAUCAAUAAUGUCAACAUUUCCUCCAAAGGAGUUAUAUGCAAGACAAAAUGAAAAAGGGUGAUAUCUGAACAUGUAUGGCUUCAAACUCAAACAAACCAAAUAAAUAAGAAUGACCAA